AGCGCGCGUGCCCUCCCGCCGCCCGGAUUUUUUCCGCCCGAGAAAAGUUUUUCAAGUUUCCGUCGGACGUUGAAAGUGUUGAUUUCAAGUAUUGGGAUAUAACGUUUGGUUUUAAAGUGCAUAAGGAUUUGUGUUGGACUGUGUUUCUGGAGAGUUUGUCUUUAUUUUAAACAAUUAUGGGGCGAUGGUGAGACGGAGGUACGGUAGAGGCGCUGCGCGACGUUGAGUGGAGACGAGAUGAGAACGUGAUGCACCAUGACCCGCCGAGGACCCUGCAGGAGUUUCGCCAUCAGCAUCAUACAGAUCAUCACUAUUAUAUGCCAAGUGUUGACGGAGGAGCCUCGGUUUGCGGAGCCCAUCCCCAACGUGACGGUGGCGCUCGGCAGAGAUGCCAGCCUGCCGUGCGUCGUCGAACACCUCGGUACUUAUAAGGUGGCAUGGAUCCACAUCGACCGGCAGAUGAUCCUGACCAUCCACCGGCAUGUUAUCACAAGGCUGGCGCGGUUCAGCGUGUCCCAUGAUAACGCCAUGACCUGGCUGCUGCACGUCAGCCAGGUGCAGCAGGAGGAUCGAGGGUACUACAUGUGUCAGGUCAACACCAACCCCAUGAUUAGCCAAGUCGGAUACCUACAGGUUGUCGUACCGCCAAAUAUUCUGGAUGAAGAGAGCACGCAGUCUGCAGUAGCAGUGCGAGAGAACCAGAACAUCAGCCUGGUGUGUAAGGCUGAUGGGUUCCCUACACCCAAGAUAAUGUGGCGUCGAGAAGAUGGACAACCUAUCUCAGUGGACAGGAGGAAGAAAGUGACAGUGUACGAAGGCGACACCCUGAGCUUACAGCGCAUCAGUCGCACGGAAAUGGGCGCGUACCUCUGCAUAGCCACCAAUGCAGUGCCGCCCUCUGUGUCCAAGAGGAUCAUCGUCGAUGUUGAAUUUUCCCCAAUGAUCUGGGUGCCGAACCAGCUGGUGGGAGCUCCAGCCGGCACUGACGUCACAGUGGACUGCCACACGGAGGCGCACCCGCGCGCCAUCUCUUAUUGGGUGUACGACAACGUCAUGGUACUGCCCACCAAGAAGUACGCUAUCAAUACUGAGGAGAACUCAUAUAGAGCCCAUAUGAAGCUGACAGUCCGCAAUCUACAAACGGGGGACUUUGGCAACUAUAGGUGCAUCUCUAAAAAUUCCCUCGGGGAGACCGAGGGCUCAAUCCGUCUGUACGAAAUCCCAAUGCCGUCGACGUCGCCGAAGGCUACGGAAAUGAAAAGCAAUGCCAACAAAGAGAGCGUGAGACGCGUGAACGUGAGCCGGUCCGUGGCGCGUGCUGAGCCAGGCACGGAGCGGCCGAGCGUGGUGCGCGCGCAGCUCGACCGCGCGCCCGACCGCGACGCCGCGCACCACGUCUACCGCCCGCCUCACCCGCAGCACGUCUCAGGAUCGAGACGAAUCCACUGUUGGCGGCAAUCGUUCCUGGCGAUCAUUGUAUUAGUACAAGUGGACCUCAUCGUGUAAUUAUAUUGUUAUUACAUUCAUUGUCCUUUCAUUUUGUUACACCUCUUCAUUUGAUUACACCUAGAAUUUAUGACAACACAUUCAUUUCUUGUUUGUAAAGUUUUAGAUUCGUCUUCCUGUGAAUGUGAUCGAUGUUUUUAAUGUUACUUAAUGUAAAAUUGAAACAUAUCAUCCCGAAAUUGUGACGUCAUAUCCCGAACGAAGAAUGUAUGUGAGUGAUCAUUUUAUACAAAUACGAACGAUAUUUGGUUCAAAUACCAGUGUAAGGUGUAGAUGUAAGGUUCUAUUUUAUUUUUACAUACUAUACAUAUUUAAUACUAAUCUGGAAAUAGUAACAAACCUUAAAUGAUCUCUUGUUACAUUUCUGAAAGUUAAGCAUACAGCCUAUUUGCUCAUUAAAAUGUAAAUCAAAAAAUGGUGCACGUUCGAAACAGCUGAGUAGACUGUGCUGGCCGCUGGCUGUUUGUUUCCGCAGAGAAUUUGAAAUAAUCUGCAAAACGUUCGUGAUUCAAUGGAAUACUAUUUGAGAUUCCUCCAUCAGUGCACACGGGUUUCCACAAUAGCUCGAUGUAAUUAUUCAUGAACCUCGUUAACCUACUCGGUAUUUCCUACUCCCAUUUCCAUUUUAAAUUAUACAUUACGUAUUAUACGUGCAUUGUCCUUCCGCAGACGACUAGUCUGCCGGCACACGAAUAUUUGUGAUUCAGUGCUUUGCGUAGAAUAAUCUUCAUGAAAUUGUGCCAAAGAUAAGAUCUUCAAAGUUAUUUAUACUAUACACAAUAUUCCUUUCAGAAACUUAAUGUAGGUUCCAACUCCUUCUUGUGUUAUCUCACUAAUAAAUAAACUUUAUGUACAUCUUGUGGUUUGUUUAAAUAGUGUAUCCAAGCUUGCUAUUCACGCUUGUCAAAUUGUAAAUAUAAAUCUAAUGCACAGUAAAUAAAAAUAACGAAAAUUUUAAACGUAAUAUAUCUUCG